GAAAGCAGUCGCGGCAAGUCUAACAUAACAAUGACAGCUGCACUGUAAACAACGCAUUUAUUUAAUGGCAGAAUGGCCUCACAGGUUGAUACAAGCAAGUGGUUUGAAUUAACUGAAGAUUCAGACUCGGAUGAUGGCCAUCAACAUAAACAUCAUGUGACAUGUCCUUCUGUUGACUGGGACUAUGAUCCAAAGUCAAGUCUCCGUCUGAGUGACCCAACACUCAGUCAACACACACUGGAGCAAAGUCAAUUGUUUGACUCUUUUGGUGACAAGUCCAAACAUUCAAAAGUUUGGGACCCAACUCUCAGUCAGUAUACCUUAGGAAAGAGUCAGUUGUCAAUGUCUUCAUCAAACCAGGAGAAAAUGGAUACCACAGGCUGUAAAAAGGUGGAUGUUGAAAGCUUGAACUUGCAGUUUCAGACCCUUCUGGCUGAUGACAGUCAGGAUGACGAGUCCACUCAGCUGUCGUCUGCUUCAGACCAGCAGCUUGGUUCAUCCAUGGAUGAUCCUUGGAAGUCAACAACAGAAGCUUCUGAAGGUGCAAGCUUGAGUGAGUACCCCCUGGAGAGCCUGAGGCUAUGUCUGGACGACAUGGGACAGUCUGACACAAAGGACAGCAGUGGUUGUGAGGAGGAUGUCAACACUGCCAUAUCAGAAGUGUCGAAGAACUUCAUCACAGGCAAUCUCUCGUCCUACCCACUCCAGUGUGGAGAUAGUGACUUGUCCUCUGAUGAUCAAAAGGUUCACCAGAAAUCCAUGGAAGGCAAAUACCCUGAGACUGCCUUCGGCAUGUCUGACAGCGACUGGGUGACGGAGUCUGACACUAAUGUCAGUCCGAGGAUGGAGAAAAGCAAGACAACGGAAAGCACCUUCACCUCGAUGUCUUCGUUCUCCCCUCCCCUCUCUAGCACAGUUUUAACAAACAUGAGCGUAGCCUCGGCUGCCCAGAAUCAUGGACUGUCUGUGAUCCAGGAAGCUUCUGUUGACAACACUGCCAGCUUUAAGGAAAUGCCCAAAGAUCUGUCCACUGUGUCGACAUCAAGAGGUAGUUUUUUGGGCAGGGAUCAUGAGACAAAAUAUCUUGACUCCAUAAGCACAAAGCAGAGUUUAUCAGUGCCAUCUCUUGAUAGUGUUAAAUAUGUCCAGGAUCUGAAGGAUCAUAAGAAUGAACUCCUUCAAGAUGGAGGUUCCAGAAGUCAAGCUGCUGGGGCUGGAUAUGCAGAUGAGUUUCUGUCCAAGUCGACAGAAAGGGAACGGAGGUUUGAUGACAAGAGUCUUUCUUCCACAUCAGUAUCUACCAAGUUCAAGUCUUCAGAUGCAGUACCCAGGACAGAAGGGACAUUGUCAUCUAUGGAUGAUGGACAGUCACGGUAUGAUCCGUCUCAUGUGGAGGCACAGAGGAUGGGGUUGUCACAGGAUAGGCUUAGACACAGUCUGGACAAUCUGCCAAGCACUGUAGACCUAGCUAGGAAGUCUGAGAUGAUACUAGACAAGACUCUAUCCAAGCUCAAUCUAGGUGGAUCAGGAGAGGGAAGACAUUCAUUCCCUCUGGCUGGCCAUGGAAGUGUGGUUGGAGAUGACUACAAACGACUCUCCCUGGGACGUCUUGAGAGUAAUCUAUACACUGCACCAAAAUCUCAUUCAAGACAGGAAGAGUUAGUGAAGACUCUGUCAGGGUCGACACUGUCGUACCAGAGUGAUGAACUCACUCGCUCCAUCAAGUCCCUGAGCUCCGAGGGCUCCAGCUCUGCUGCUAGUGAUGAAGUUGCCAGACUGAUGGCCAGAAGCGGUAGCUCUGCUGAUACAACAAUGUCUAGAGGAGAUGAGCCUGACGCAAAAGAUGGUUGUCCAGAGUCAACAAAAAUUAAUCUUACUCGUGAAGGAAGACGGUCUGAACCAUCUCAAGAGGAAUGUGAUGUUGAAUCUAGAGUCAACAAAGUCUUGGCUGAGACUGCUUAUAUUAACACAUACUCUUCUGAUGCUUUAGAAAACAGGAGUUCUAAUUACAACACUCAUUCCUUGCCUCUUCCUAGAGAAAAUACCCAGAUGACAGCUGACAAUUAUUCCCUCCCCCCACCCCCACCGGUUGUUCCACAGUCAGUCAGCUCUGACCUGCCUCUCCCACCUCCUCCCCCACCCCAGGGAGAGGAACUGUCUGCCAGUCUGGACUACAGGAGACUGCAUCAGGACCUUCAGGAAAUUCAGAACAGUUUGCAGAACAAUCUCGACUUUGCCGACUCUGGGAAUGAGUCUGUUCAAUCUAAUGAUGUAGACAGGGAAAGGGAAGCUCGGACGCCUGUUGGUUCGGAAACUGGGAGUGAGAUUGUUCCGAGCACCACUAACACACCUGAGCAGAGUCGCCGUCUUCUUUGGGAUUAUGGUGCAGAUAUUGCUUGUGAGGGAAAUCAAAGUGGUCGGUUCACAUCUAGAGACACUGACGCCACAGAAACUGACCCUGAAGAUCAUCCAAGGUCUUAUGUAGAUAGAGCUCAGGUUGCCCAGAAUGUUGCUAAAAGACAGAGCUAUAAUUCGGAGGGUGAGGAGACUCAUACUUCAGGUAGCAGCAACACAAAGGAUGCAGCCCCAGCUCAAAGCACGGAUGAUGAACAGACAAGCAGGACGGGAACCCCAACCAAUCGCAGUGUUGACAACAUACUGUGUUCCUUCCGUGCCCAACGGUCUCUGAUAGAGGCUCAAUACUUGACCGGCAUGGCAAGCCAGGUAUCCCAGAUCCUAGAGGGUCAGGACCCCCACAAACAGGCACAUGGCAUCCUUGACCAAGUCAACAGCCAGGAACAGGAGCUACUGACCAGACUGGCAAAUCGACCUCCUCUUGAUUCCAGCUUCACAGACACGUCUCUGAAUGCCUCCAGCAGAAGUAUCGUCCUCACGGACAGUGAUGUCAGGAAGAGGCUGGAAAUGUCGGGGCUUAGCUCACCCGACAGGAGCAGAACCUUUGGCCACGCGUCUUUUACUGAAUUUUCGACUCCCAAAAAGAUAAAUAACCCUUUCGCAGCUUUCAGUAAUGCCAAGAGUUUCCUUUCGAAUCAGCUCCAAGAAAUGUCCAAUAAGACCUUCGACCACAGCAUAGAGCUGAGGACACCACUGCGUCGUGUGGUUGAGUGCUACCCUCUGUACGGGUUCAGUAAGGAUAGAGAAGAUAAAUCAGCAAGUUCAGACCCAGCACAGUCAGAUUCCAGGACAGAUACAAGACAGGCUUUGUCGACCGAGUCAGUGCACAGCAGAGGGGGCAGGGGCCGACCAGAAGGUGUUUCACCAGAGGAGUUGCCGUCUGCCCCAGACUUGACCUCUGAUACCUCAUCCCACUCACUCACAGAAAGAAGGCUUGCAUCAUCCAUGGAAAGAAAUGUGUCAGAGAGGGAUGUGACAGGUGACCAGCCCCGGUCUGGAACUGAAUACGGUCAGACCCCGGCCAGUGUCCAGCGAGAUAGUCCCGAGUCAUCCCCAGUCGACUCGGACCUCAGUGGUGGUCAGCGCAAGGACAAGCUCCGGCCAUACAGACCUACUGGUAGUCGUGACCUGUAUUACACAGAGAGUGACACAGGGUCGUUGACCGACAGCGUCACAACCAUGGAGAGCACUCACACAGGAUCUGAUGAUGCCACUGCACCCUACUUCCCGCCUCAAGUGCUGGGUACCCGGGCGGAUGCGUCCACCCAGCCUCCCACAUCACGGAAAUAUCAACAACCAGGCAUUCACAUGGAACCAUCUCUUUCAACAAUAGAGGAGAAAUCAGUUUCGGAUGAAAGAGACAAAAUACCUAUGGAGAGUAGUUGUACUGACUUGGAGAAGGUUGAAAGCCGGGAUGUGAGACCAGAGAGAUCAAGAGAUCAAAUGCGACCUCCGAGUCCUCGAGACACUUUCAGUAAGACGAGUACCCAAUCCGCCCUGGAGGUUGACUCAGGAGUAGGGACGAAGAGUAACUUCACCACAACCACGAUGACCGAUACUUUGCAGGUGAGAGAGAGAAGAAAUCAGAUGGAGCUGACAGAGGAUGGCAGGAGGCAAAGUUGACAUGUAGACUAUGGUUCUCGUUCAGACCAGCUGGUGAAGGACGGGACAUAUCGAGCCACCCUGAAGGUGUUGCAUACCCGUGACGGACAAGGGUCAGGGUCAGAUAGGAGAAUAGAAAGUAGAUCACAACUUCAGUUUGAAGAAGAAAGGUCAAGGUCAGAUGAAAACUUGCCAUGGACAUCAUCUGGUAGCCAGAUGGAGGAUAGACAUGCAAUGUCACAUUCUGAGAAUCCCCAAAGUCACGUUAUGGAGGGUAGGUCACAAGGUCAGAUUAGCGAUAGGCGGUCAGGUUCGGGACUUAACUUUGGAGGGACAUCUUCUGGUAGUCAAAUAGAUGAUAGACGUUCAGCAUUGCCCUCAGAGAGUCGCUCCAGUCAAGAUUUAGAAAGUAGGUCACGGCAAAGUGGAGUUCACGGGACAGAACAGUAUGGAAACAGAAGGAAUGUGUAUGAUAGCCGGUCUGGACACACAGGAGCCUCAAGAUCUAGUGAUAAUGUUCACAGUAAUGGUAGCCAGGUCUCUGAGCAAUAUGUUGAGUACAGAUCAACUGUCAGAGAUGUACCUGACCGGGACUAUAAUGAGGGUAGGUUAAGGUCAAGGUCAGAUGGUGACCUCAUUGACAGGCAGCCCAGGCCAGCAUCAGCUGCCCGAGAUGGUCAGCUUCCUGAACCACCUGCUUCACCGAUCCACCCACAUUCAACACUGAGAGACUCAACGAUGAGAUCCGAUCCAAGACACUCCACAGCCAUUGACACUAGCUCUGACCAGAGGAAUGGCAGAGGCAGAUUCGAAGAUAACCACAUUCCAAUGGAAGAAGAUCAAGGUCAGAGCUCACAAGGAUCAUCUCUGAGGAGUGGGAAAGAUGGACGUCAGAGGUCAUCAGAUCGGAAGGAUACCAGACAGAGGAUGGAACAGAAUCGAAAUUCAAGACGGGGACAGGUGGAUAUAAGUUCCUCUGAAGAUGACGGCCUCCGAGCCAUUGACCGGGCUCCUGUAAGUCGCCCAGCCCAGCUACUGAGGGAGACGUUAGAACAGGAGGUAGAUCCAGCUGUCCCUGUAGACAUCAAUAUCCUGUGGCAGAGGUUCCAGGAGCUAAACCAGACUGACAGUGACACGUCCCUCAAUACAACUCUCAUGGAAACCCUUGCCCAACUCCUUAGGAACCCAGCUAGGCAUCUGGUCAAAUCCUACUUUGAAGACCAAGAGAAGCAGAGAAAGACCAGAGAGGAGAAGACGUCUGAGGAGAGGGAGAAGAGGAGGAGCCAGAGGAGGAGUCAGAGGAACAUCAGCGAGUCAGAGAUAAAUGGGAGCUACUCCGAGGUGAUGGAGAAGGGGAGUCCGGAGAAGAAGGCAAAGACUAGUUCUGUGAGGAAGAUGAAUAAGAAGAAUGCUGGUGAACGAACACAGGAAGGGGUGGAGAAUCUGUAUUCAAUCCCGGAGGAUAUGAGCUUCGAUCAGAGAAGGUACAAGAAGAUGGACAGUCUCAUUGAUCCUAACAUGGAGAAGUUGAGGGAGAAGAUAUGGCGACAGAAGGAGAAGAUUGAGCGAGAGCAGAGGAAGGAGCUGAAACGGAUGGAGAAGCUGGUGAAGCUUGAGCAGCUGUUGUCGGCAAAGAAGAAGGGGAAGAUCAGUGAGUCGACUUUGUUGGAUCAGCUGGAGUACAUCUCUACCACGUCUGCUCCUACGGAUUCCAUGGAGGACAUGACAGAAUCAACGCUGACCAUGUCUGGAGUAAAUAGCGAGAUUCUCACUGAUGACAGCACAACCGCUAAGGAUAGCAGCAUUGAGAUGCAGAUGAUAAAGUUUGCUCGGAAUCAGCCUCCUUCUGAAAUAUAUGAUGCUGGUUUUGGAGAAUUUCAGCAAACUGUUCAGAUGGACAUUGACAAGAAUGGGAAAAGUAAGAAGGCAGAGAAGGUUCGGACCAAUCAGAAGCUGAAGGAACAGUCCAAAACAGCGAUAAAAGUAAGCGGAGUUCUAAGGAUAGGUCGGUUAAUGAGACUGAAUCUCUGUAUGAUUUCCGGGAAGUUGAUAUUCAGAUCCAGGAGAGGCCUAGACACGUUGACUCCUCGCCAGAUAGUAACCGGAGGGCAAGGUCGACAUCUCGAGGACGGACGCGGGAUGCUGCUACAAACUAUCCAUCACCUUUGUCCCGAAGUCCUGUGUCCUCAGAGACACAAACAGAGGAGGACAAAGUCGGAGGGCAUUCAGACAACACCAAAUCUUCAUCGAUAUGCAUCAAAGACAAGGUCACCCUCACCAGGCCGUAGAGCAAAGCAGGUACAGAUGAGUGCGCCUUUUGCUAUGAGAGAAAAGACAAGCCGGAGUAAAUCUCCGCCAUACUCUCGCUGCUUCACGCCUGAGUCCAUGGGAACUCAACACUCAAGACAGAAGAAGAAGAAACUACCAGCCAGUCCAAAGGGCAUUGCUUGGUAUGUGGAGGUGAAGGAGCCUCGCCCCUGGAGACAGCCCCUGAGGGAGAGGCAGGAGUAUGGCGUGAAGCAGGCGUGGGAGGCCCCGGGGAGCAAGUCUCAGUGGCAGACGGCACAGCCCCAGGACAUCAUGGAGGAGGAUGAGGAGAACCAGGGGUACCAGGAGACCGUGGUGGACAGGAUACAACAGCCAGACCUUCAAUCUAAGCUCAUUGAGGAGGAGUAUACGUUUAAGAAGUCACAGUCUCUGCAGGAUGCCUUCAAACAGAAGAUGCAGAACUUCAUAUCUCAGUCUCGGGAGCGGCAGAAGCGGAUGGCCUUGGCAGCAGAUCACCGCCACAUGCAGGAAGAGCUAAGGCUGGAGAGGGAGAAGAUCUUCCCCGUCCAGAGGAAGCACGGGACCAACCUUGAUGUACAUCCAUACAGUGAACAUUUGUAUCAGCCAAAGCGACGUGUGUUCACCAGACAGGAACAAAAGGAUCACACUCAAAGAAUAUACAAGCGACUGCCGGAAGUUAUGAGGAGAGAAGAAGAUCGAAAGCGAGAGAACCAGUAUCGACUGAACCGACUCAAGUCAAAGGUUUUCACCAAGAGAGUGCAGAGACACGUUCUGAUACAGGCUGGGAAGUACUGAGGGUGUUUACCCCGACAGCGUUACUGUGAUAUUGAUAUUUAUUGUUUCGGAAACAGUUUUCUGUUGGUAUGAUAAUCAUGUACUAGAAAAUAGCUCAAUUAUCACUGAUUCACCUGUAGACUGAUCAAUAGUAUAUCAUUACUCAGACCUUUGAUCAACUUCACAUAUAGGGACAGUGACAACUGCUAACCUGAGAUGUGUAUUUAUUACCUGAGAUGUUAAGAGUAAAUUUCGAAAACAAAACUGUAUCCUUCAUGAAAAUUUAUUCAACAUUUCUCAGUGUACCUACAAAUUGUAUAUACUAGUAGAUCAUAUUCAUAAAUUAAAGAUGGAGAUCAUGUGGUUAGAGUGCUAUAUUUAUGUUAUCUUAUGAUUAGCUUCUACAAUGGAACCUUGUUAGUCUGGAAACUCUGCAUUCUGGACAGUUCUAAUGGGAAUGUGUAUAUGAAUACAAAGGAUUUUACUUUCAUAUUGAUUUGUUGGUGAGGAUAUUUGUUAUUCUGGACAAAUAUUUUGGAAAUGGAACUGUAUGGAUUAACAAGGUUUCAUUGUAUAGGAAUGGUGAGUAAUCUCCUUCAAUGUUCUUCCGUCCAUUCCAUACUAACUGGAGACUAGUGUUUUCAGAUUAUUACUACAAUGCAUUUUCAGUAAUGUAGUUUUAUAUAUAAAGUGUACAAUACAAUAUCAAAUUUA